AAAUUACGGAAUUGCCAUUAUAUAAUCCCUCUUCUGUUUCCCUAACACGCUUCUGUCUCACACCACUCUUCUCCUCUUCUGGUUUCCUCUCUGGCGACGACGACGAGAACUCCGCCACAUCUGAAAGAUCGCGGCCGAUCGAACUCCUUUCCUCCCUGUUUUUCGUUGAUCUGCACCAAAAAUUUUACAGCAGAGGGAAUUUCAUCAGUGGAGAAGAGAUGGGUUGGCCUGUUGCUACCUCUUUUUUCAAAAUCAUGAUUGGUGAUCAUUUUUCAAAAGUCCUGUUCUUGCCUCCUAAAUUUGCCCAAACACUGUCAGACUUGAUUGAUCAAAAAACUCAGCUGGAGGAUGCAAGUGGGCAAAGGUGGACGGUAACAUUAUCCAAAUAUGAUGGGUCCUUGGCUUUCCAACAGGGAUGGCCUGCUUUUUCACUCGAACAUGGUCUAGAAAUUGGAGAUUUUGUGUUAUUCCAUUACAUAGAGCAAUCUCACUUUGUUGUUCAAAUCUAUGGAAAAAGUGGGUGUGAAAAACUCUAUUUUUCGAAGGAAAAUAGCAAUCAGAAGAAACGAACAAGGGCUAAUAGAGAUUCCAGUGCCAAAGAUGAACAAUGCCACACAAUUAAUGUUUCUAUAAAUUCUAUGAACAAAGAGGGUUCAAAUACUUCUGCUGUAUCUGGUUCUGAAAGUGAAAUAAGCCGAAGGCUGCCAAUGGCAACCACGUAUACCACUUCAAACAUUGAUAACAUCAAUGAAAGGCUUCAUAAUGUUCCCAGAACAAAAUGCAUCGAAGAACCAUUUUAUAUGAUUGAUAGAGAUUCUGGGGUAGGACAAGUGGACCGCUUGAGCUCUUUAUAUGACUUGGCAGACUUUGAAAUGCAGAGGACACCCAGUGUUGAUGGACCUAAAGAAGUUCUGGUAGAAGAUGUAAGGCCCCUUUCCCAUGUUAAUACAAUGCCGCAAUCUCAAGCUGAAGCCGAAAUAGUGGAUAAGUUACCUGUGACUGAAGAGGUAGUGAGCCAGACAACGCUUUCAGAUGUACCUAACUUGCCAAUUCUUGAGAAAAAUGAGUUUCAAAUGAUGGAUAACGUGUCUAAUCAAGAUUAUGGCAAUGGCAACACUUCUGGGCGAGAGCGGAGGAGCAAGACACGAUAUAGCAGCAAUAAGGCUUUGAUAUCCCAGAAAGAUACUUCCCUCAUGGAAAGGUGUCAAAGUAUGCAACAGAAGUUUGCCGAUGUGUCAAAGUUCUGUGAAUUUCCAGCCUCUGUUCAAACUUGGAAUUGUCAAUCUGGAGAGAGGAUGAAAGUGGUUAAAAAAGAGCAAGUGGAGAUGAGGGCAAGGAAGAUGAUGCAUGGAAAGUAUCCAGAGAUCAAGGAGUGUGACAGGAGUUCCAGUCCUUCCAUGAAAGAUAAUGAUCAUGUUUACAAAGUGGUGAAAACUGAACAUGCAACGUCUACACUUUCAGUCAAAGUCCCUUUCUUGGCGGUGCCGGGCAGGCUGUCUUUUCUUGAGUUGCCGAGUUGCUUGCCAUCGGUUUCAUUCAGGGGAAGGCCCAUAAUGGAAAGGAAGGUAUUAGUUCGCCUUCGAGACCCAGUGUCUAGAUUGUGGCCAGUCAUCUACCAUGAGAAACAGGGUAUCAAAGUUUUGGGAAGUGGUUGGGAAGCAUUUUGCAAGGCAAAUCGCAUUCAGGUUGGAGAUGAAUGUGCUUUUGAAAUUGAGGAUGUGUUUGAGUGCAUUUAUAAAGUUAGUGUUGAUAGGAAGUAAGAUGGAGCUUCAAACUCUUCUCUAGUUUCAACUGCACAAAUCAGUACUUUGCCAAAUAUGAUGAACAUGUAAAGACUAGAAUCUAUGAAACAUAUAUUUUGAGUUAGGAAAGUGUUACACUUAUAUUAUUUUUGUACAUAACUUAUGACUUGUUGAAAAUAUAAGUUAUCUUGAUGGAUAUUUUGCUUUAAAAUGUCAAAAAAUAGAACUUGCUAUA